UCUGUCAUCGGUAACCUGACUCACGGACCCUUUAUCCCGCUCACUGCAUCUCCGACAUUUCUCAGUUAAAAAAAAAAACUACCGACGAGCUCUCAACUCUUUGAUUUCUGUUUCUCUCGCGACACUUUUUUUAGACUACACUUGACUUUCGAGACUUUCAGCUUGUUUUUUUUUUAAAUACAGAUUUGGAUCAUGGCCUCUCCGGCUGCUCUCAUGCCCUCGGUUCCUCUCGUCCAACCUCCUCCGAUACAGACUUCACCGGCGACCAACUCUCCGCCACCAGCAACCACGUCCUCAUCCCCUUCACCGUCUGUCGCGCCCACCGGACUGAACCCUUUCAGCGCGGACCUCUUACCAGUACCUGUCGGUAGCCCUGGCGCACCGGUCGACGUCCUGCCCUGUAAACCGGUGUAUUCUACCCCGUCGCCGGUUGAGAACACUCCGCAAAACAACGAGGUUAAAAUGGUCGAGGUCAGAGGCGCCAAGCUCGCCUCUUUCACGGUAAAAGACAACGAGCUAAUCUGCCUCCCGCAGGCGUUCGACCUGUUUCUGAAACACUUGGUCGGCGGACUGCACACGGUCUAUACCAAGCUGAAGCGGCUCCAGAUCACACCGGUGGUCUGUAACGUGGAACAGGUCCGCAUCCUCCGGGGCCUCGGAGCUAUCCAACCGGGAGUGAACCGAUGUAAACUCAUCUCCAGGAGAGACUUCGAGACGCUGUACAACGACUGUACCAACGCCAGCUCGCGUCCUGGACGCCCCCCAAAGAGGGCUCAGAGUAUGACAUCAUCAGAGAACCAGCACCUUCUGUCUCAUUCUGUCAGCGGGCUGAUGUCAGCUGGAAUCAUGCCCCCUACUGGUCUGACAGCGGCUGCUCUUGCUGAGGCCAUGAAGACCAAAAAGAUCAAGUUGGAGGUGAUGGGGGGUUACCAUAGUAACCACCAGCAGCAUCAUCAUCACCACGGGACAGACGGAGAGAACGGAGGAGAUCACCACAACUCCUCCAGUCUGGGUCUGGAACACCUCCCGUUCAUGAUGAUGUCACACCCCCUGAUCCCUGUCAGUAUGGCGCCUGCCUCCGUCUCCAUGGCAAUGAGUCAGAUGAACCACCUCAACACGUUAGCCAGCAUGGCCUCUGCUGCCCAGGUCCACCACUCUACCCUCUCCUCCCGCGGCCGCAUGGUCACCUCCGUUAUAAAGGAGCGUGUUCGGGACAGUCCGUCUCCCUCUCUGGAGGACGGGAGGAGGUCUGGGAGUCACCUGUCCUCUCAUCACAGCAGCAGCAUCUCCAGCUCCCCAGUACACACAGAACACUCUGCAGACAGGACCCACGUGCAGCAGAACGGCCUGUCCUCCAGCCAUGCUCUGUUGGGUCUAUCUCCCAGUGCUGUGCCUGGUCCUAAAGAAGGAGAUGUGGCCACCCUGGACUCUGGCCACGAAGCUAAGAGGAACCAUGUUGAGAGAGAUGACUGUGGUUCCCUGAGCACCCAGACAGUCAGAGAACCAAUCAGAGAGCCAGUCAGAGAACCAAUCAGAGACGGCUAUGAGAGGCUGUCGUUCUCGGGGCAGAAGCUUCCUCCAGGGUUCCCCGGGCCCUUUAUCUUCCCUGAGGGGCUGUCGUCAAUAGAGACUCUGCUCACUAACAUCCAGGGCUUGCUGAAGGUUGCCAUCGACAACACGCGUGCUCAGGACAAGCAGGUGCAGACGGAGAAGUCAGAGCUGAAGAUGGAACUGUUCAGAGAGAGGGAGCUCAGAGAGACACUGGAGAGACAGCUCACCAUGGAGCAGAAAAACAGAGUGCUGAUCCAGAAGCGUCUGAAGAAAGAGAAGAAGAGUAAGAGGAAACUUCAGGAGGCUCUGCAGUUUGAGUGUAAACUGAGAGACCAUGCUGAGCAGACUCUGCAGCAGACUGUAGCGGCAGACAGAGCCCUCUGUGACUCACUGACCCAGGAAGUAGACAACGGUAACCAAGGUAACGGCAGGACUGACGCAGAGGCAGCGAUACAAGAUGGAAGACUCUUCCUGAAAACCACAGUGAUGUAUUGAAGACAACAUGGAGAGAAGAGGAGAUGGAUUCGAGCACCAUUGAAGAGAUUCCAGGGACUUGCAUCAGUAGCAUCAUGGACGUUUCAGUACUCCACACAGUCAUAAAAGACUGACAAUACACAACACAGAACAAAUAAUCAAAGAGUUGUGAUAACAGUGUUACGUGCAAUACCAAUGUCUUUCACAGAAACACAGUCACAGCAAAGUGGAACUGAAGGAGAGAUUUUUCUACUUUAUUUAAACCAGCCUGAAUGCUCAGAGAAGGACAAAUCCACUUCCAAUUUUUGACUUGUAUUCCUGUCUCAAGUUUUAUAAGAUUUCAAUGUUUUAAAGCAUAAUGUCACGAAGGUCAGGUAAAUCUAGAGGUUAAUUUAUUACGUUAUUUCUGUACAUAAAUUGAUACAAUGUUUCAUUACAAUAUUUGUUUUUGCUGUUUAUUCUAGUGAUGAAAAAUGCCGGUUCGGCCUUGGCCAUUGUUGUAUAUCAGAGGAAAGGGGAAGGAUUCCCAUGGAAUGUUAUGUACAUCAAGGAAAUACAUUGUAUUGUGUAUUGUAAUGCAGUAGAUCAGAUAGAUGAAAAAAGAAUACAAAACAUU